GUAAGGUAUCGGCGUUCGGUUCGAUUGCGCACCUCCGGUCGCGUUUGGUCCGCCUCGGCUUGGCUGUGUAGUGCUUGGCUGUGUGGUUGGUUGUUUGAUUUGAUUGUGCAGCUCCUGAGCUGAUGGGUUGCGGUCAAUUGGAAACUAAACCUGGUGAUCAGUCGAAGAUCUAGGUCGGUCCUCGGAAGACAUACUAUUGAUCGGUCGUCGCGUUCUAGUCUCCUUUGAAGCGGAAGACUCAACUUCAAGUCAAUAGCACCACCUGUGAUAACUGUUCGAUACUCGACUGCAUCCGGUUGAAACCCCACCGUCUCCAGCAUGGCUAAAAAUCUUCGCCGAGCGAGCAGUAUUGCGGUUUACGAUGAAGAUGAAGAACAGAGGCUUAUCAUCAUGCGCAAAGCAUUCCAGAUGUUCGACACGACCAAGUGCGGUUUCAUCGAUACCGUCAAGAUCUCCACCAUUCUGAACACCUUGGGCCAACAGUUCGACGAGGGUGAGCUGCAGGACCUAAUCGACGAGGAAGAUCCAGAGGAAACCGGAAGGGUAAACUUCGACCAGUUCGCCAACAUUGCCUCGAACUUCCUGAUAGAGGACGAAGACUCCGAAGCCAUCCAGCAGGAACUUAAGGAAGCCUUCAGAAUGUACGAUCGCGAGGGUAACGGUUACAUCACCACCAGCACACUGAAAGAGAUCUUGGCCGCUCUGGACGAUAAGCUAACGAAUGACGAUUUGGAUGGCAUGAUCAAUGAAAUCGAUGCCGACGGUUCGGGAACUGUUGAUUUUGAUGAGUUCAUGGAGAUGAUGACCGGAGAGUAAGCGCAGCCAAACCGAAGCUGUUUUCCUCAAACAACACGCGAUACACGUCCUUGCCAAUAUAGUAGCGAAAACAAAAAAGAACAAAAAAAAAACAACGACUUUGUAGCAAUCGUAGCGAGCUCCAGAAUAGACACACAUUCUACUGAUAUUUAUUUUUCUCUGCUUGGCCACUCUAUUACAUCAUCGAUGCGCUCCAGCUGGCGCCAGUCACGUAUCACUGCUGCCUUGGAAUUCAAUCAGAGCUUUCAAUCAACAACCAUCCGAAGCGUGUUGGCAGUCCGGAGUAGGUAUUUUUCAUAAAAUGCACACCACCAACCACACCUCCGGCUUGGCAAUGCAGAAUUCCAAAAAAGAAGAACUCACUAUGAACAGCAUGCUUCUAGUGAAUGAAGUCCCUCCAUUCUAUUGAAUCACGUACUACUUUUCAUUUCUAUGUGCUAUACUUUUUUCCUGCGAUAAAUAGGGCUUUCCUGUUCUAUUCCUAUCUUCCACAGACUAUUCUAUUAGCAUCUCUUUGCUAGCAAUAAAAAAAUAUUUUCCUCUUCCUAUGCCUUCUGUUUUUUUUCCGCUACCUUUCACAUCCAACCACUUUUCAUUCUCUUCAAAUUCAAAUUGACUAGCAAUUGAAUUUGCUCAGUGAAUUUUCCUUCUGUUCUUUUCCCGGCGCUUUCGAAUUUCCUAUUUUCCUUUUUCAACAUCUGUCGCAGUAUUUUUCCACUCAAAAGCUUUCAUCCUUCAUUUCUACAUCUGAACUCCUCCUCUCUCACACACUGUCCUCCUCCGUGCUGGGUCACAGGUUUUUAUCAAUGAAGACGGGCCCAGCGAAAAACACCAUUAUUAUUCAAUGUAGGUAUUGAUAAGAAAAAAAAACUGUAUGACGUAAUGAAACUGCAGGAAAUAAAAGUGCCGUUAUUUAUUAA